AUGAAACUGGUGAAGUUUCUGAUGAAGCUAAACAACGAAAAAGUGCAGGUAGAACUGAAGAAUGGAACCGUCAUUUCUGGGGAAAUUGUCUCCGUUACGCCGUCUAUGAACAUCAACCUGAAAAAUGUGAAAAUGACUAUCAAACACAGAAAUCCAAUAAGUCUGGAAUACAUCAACAUAAGAGGUAACCAAGUUCGCCUUGUCAUUUUACCUGAUGAGCUCAACAUAGAUAGUAUACUCUCGGACUCCAUGCUGAGGCCAAAAAAUUUAUCCACUGUUGCUCCAGUACAAAAAGCACAAGCUCCUAUAAGAGGAGGAAGAAGAGGACGCGGAAGAGCUAGGGCGUUUUAA